AUGACGGAGCACGGCGAGGAAUAUUUUGCAGAAGACCACGAGGAGAUGUUUUGCGUUGUGGUUUUCAAGGAUGUUGCGCAGCAAGGAUGUUAUGAUACGAUAGCAAGAUGCGGGGCGGUGUGCCGAGUCUUCAAGGAAUGGACUCGAGAUUAUCUGCAUGAGAUGCAUGUUGUGACGUUCGAUAACAAGGAACAAGUUGAGCGCAUCGAGGCAGAUGCUGCAACAAACCAGCUACAGGGCUGGCCAGGACCGAUGCGCGUCACCAUCAGGGGAGAAAAGGAUACGAAAGCAAUUCCACACCUGGCCACGCUCGCGUCCAGAUUCGCAGGCAGAUGGACCCGAAUGGAGCACCUCUUCAUCAGAAAUGCGGCGUGGCCGCUGUCGCUCCGGGCCGCCGAUGCCGCCGCCUUCGCCUCGAUCACGUUCCUCUUCCUCGACGAGGUUACCUUUCCGUCCGUCGUCACGUUUGGCACCCUCGUCUCUGCCCUGCCACGGCUCGAGGCGCUCUGGCUCCACAAUGUAAAAUUUGCCAGAUCCUCUUUCCUCUUCCAUCCUCGAACCAUUUCCAAUUUUCGCCUCCUACCGCAAGCGAAGAGCCUGCAAGAUGUUUAUAUGGAUGCUAUAUCAAGCCCCUUGGAGCAUGAGUUCAACCCAGCUGCAUGGGCAUAUUAUACGGAACUCCUUGAUUUCAUAAGCGCCGUGAAUAACCGCUGUGGCAAAUCUCCUCGCGUGUUCCCAUGGGGCUCAGUUCGCCAAUUGGAUCUCUAUGAAACUACCUGGUGGAAAUUUACCUCCUCUUCCAUUGCUCGCCUCCUGCACGCACUACCAUCACUUGAGGCUCUCCGGUUGUCUCCAAUCGUCAUCAAUGUGCAAUGUGCGGAUGCUCAGCCUCUGCAUGGGGCUCACAUCAUCCGUUGCUUGAUCAAGAUGGACUAUCCUCUCAGAAUCACGCAGAUCUCUACGCCGGUAUACUCCUUUCCACAAAAGGCUGAUACGGUGGCUAUCGCUAUCAAUGAAAUGGUCAGGCAUGCGGGCUCAUCACUCGAUCAUCUUGCUCUCGUGAUCGAGGCCGGUAGAAGAGGCAAAGACUCUUUACCAGAUCAACAUCGUACCCUUGUAGGUGCUGCCUACCAAUAUCAUGAUUUAGAUCUCUCUGAAAGCUCAAAUCUCAAAUCACUUUCGAUUCAUGAUCAGCACACGUCCUGUGUCAGCGUGUGUGACAUUCUGUCUCGCGUUACAUCGAGAUGUGUCUCUUGUGUUGAGAUCAAGUUCAAUUAUAGUUCAUUUGGCUGGAGGAGUCAAGCAGAGUUGAGCAACGGGCUUUCGCAAUUAGAUGCCGUGCUUUCACGUCCUGUCUUUGACAAUCUCGUGCACAUACCUAUAUCUGCGCGCUUCCAACAACACUCCAUGUCUGGGAAAGAGAGAAUCCGGGCGUGUUGGAUCAAGUCGCGCUUACGUUGUCUCGACCAAAGGGCUAUCAUAGGAAUCAACAUAAUUGACGGAGAAAAGCUCGGAUUGAUCUGGAGAGAUGAAACAAACAGCUGGAAGCGUUAUGUCAGUAAGAUGGACGAGAACGGCAAUGUAGAUAUUGUCGAGGUUCCUGCUUUCGAGGGCGGCGCGGCUCCCGAGGCAAUUACAGCAUACACGGCUUGGAAGAGUCUUUCCGGUCGGAAAGAUUGA